UGUGUCAAAGAGCGUCGUUUCGUUUUUGCCGGUCCUAAAAAAUGUUAUCGUGUGUUAAGUGCCAAAAGGGCGGAAACCAAAACUUUAUCAAAAAUGUGGUAAUCACACACUCGCAGCAGUCACCGUAGUGGGGGCCGGUCUUGGAUUUUAAGAUGUGUCCUGAAAAAUGAGUAUCAAAAUGGUGCCUUAUCCCUACCGUCCCAGGAUGAUCGACCGGCUUCGAACCCUGUAAUUUCAGCAAUGCUGAAAUCCCUAGAAGAUUACAUAGUAGAUAUGGAAAAUCGUAGUGCCAUGGACCACUCCCAACCCCCCACAGAAGACGUCUGGACCCAAUUACAGCAAAAGGAAAACGAUCUCUUACUAGCCGCCGAACUCGGCAAAGCCCUUUUGGAGAAAAACGAAGAACUGAAAAAGCAGCACGACGCCGUCAUUGAGGACUAUUCGAAAAAGUUGGAGGCUGUCGAGCAAGACCGUCAUCUCCUAAAACGUAAACUAGCCAAUAAAGAAUCGGAAUUCGAAGGGCGCAUUCUCGAAUUACAAAACGACAUAACCGAACUAUCGAAUAAAUUAGCAACGAAAGAAUCUGUACUUAAACAAUGGGACAGAGACAAAAGCAAUCUCGUGGCGGAACUGAACGCUCAAAACGCCCGUCUUACAUCCCAACUGAAAGAAGCAGCAGCUGUUGAAAGCCAAUUGCAACAACAAAUCGAAUGUUUAAAACAAGAGUGUGCCGUUGGCAAAACGAAUCUCCACGAACAUAUGAGCAGUGUUGACACUCUAAGAGAUGAGUUAGAUUUGGUUACGGAAAAAAAUAAAGAACUGGAGAGGAGACUGCACAUGGCUGCGGCGGAACGAGAUAGUUUAGCCAAUGCCUUAGAAGAAGCUUCUGAUAGAAUUUUGCUGUUGGAGAGACAUGCCAGGGAGCAAGACUUAAGGUACCAGCACUCGCUGAAAGACUAUUCCUUGCCACAGGAGAAAUUAUCCGUUGAAGAUAGACUGAAUGCCGGUGAACAACGAUCUCUCUUAGCAGAAAUGGAUAUAAGCGAACCGACUUUAUCGCAAGAAUGUAUGUCCGUCUACCGCCAGUUGAGAUCUUUGGUCCAACAACUCAAAUCGCACAACGACGAUGACAGCGGAUUACACUCCGACUGUUCCACCACAUCGUUUGAAGAAAACGCCCAAUUUUCAGCGGGACUUUUGAGCGAAGUUGCCCAAGAACUAGUCGGCUUAGUUUUAGAUACUGAUGUUGUGCGGUUGCUUGAGAGGCUUGAACAAGCGAGAAGGGAAAUACAAGAAAGGGAUGCGGAGCUGGCAAGGAGGAGCGAGAAAAUUAUGGAGCUGAGCACUAAAGUUUCAGUCUGUGAAGUGGAAUUGCAAGCAGCGAUGGAGGAACGAGAUAGGGCGAGAAACGACGCUUCAAAUUCUUCGCUGGCUCAAGAAGAUGUCGUGAUUAAAGCGAGAGAAGACCGGGAUUUGGCCGUCCAACGAAAAACAAAGGCUGAAGUCGAGUUGGCUAAGACCAGAGUCGAGUUGAUGCAAGCCAACAGCCAGUUACUGGAAGCCAUCCAGCAAAAAGUGGAAUUAAGUCAACAACUCGAGCAGUGGCAGAUGGACAUGCAGGAGCUACUGGACGAACAGUUGCGCACCAAACUCACUUCGCAGGAAGUCAGCAUGAAGCAAAUCGUGCACACGCCAGUGGCGCCCCCUCGAAGAAAACUCCUGAGUUUCUUCCUUCGAUAGCAUUCCAACAAGUGGGAGAAUUUUGCCGAAUUCACUUUGCACGGAUCUGAGUUUUUUUGCAACGUGGUGCAGUUCUACAUUUUCGUUUUAUUUUGGAUUGCGUUUGUGAUUUUUCUUUGUAGUUUUAAAAUGUUGCUUUUUUUCGUUGUGAUCUGUCGAAUCGCACUUUGAUUUCUGCAAAUUCUCCACCGAAUAAUUUUAAGCAAGAUCCUGUGAUUUAAAGAGUUUUUUAAGUAUUGUAGUUAUUUACAUAGAGAUUUUUAAUUAUUUUUAGAUCUAACUUAGUUACCAAAACACGUUUUGGUCUUUAAAAGUCAAUCUCAAGUGCAUUUAAUCCGUCCGAUGCUAAUUAAUGCUGUUACCUUGAUUUAAUAAAUUGUAAAUAGACUAUUUUAUCAAA